CGGCAGCAUGCGGGCGGCGGCCGCGGACGCGGUGGGCAUCCUCAUCCUCUGCCUGGCUUCGGCGGCGGCCGCGCUGGACUUCAAGUACCACCACACCGAGGAGCUGGAGGAGUUCCUGAGGGGGGUGCACGCCGCGCACCCCUCCCUCACCCACCUGCACAGCAUCGGCCGCUCGGUGCAAGGUAGAGACCUGUGGGUUCUUGUUCUGGGAAGGUUUCCAACCCAUCAUAAGAUUGGCAUUCCAGAGUUCAAGUAUGUUGCUAAUAUGCAUGGGGAUGAGACUGUUGGGAGAGAAAUCCUGCUCCAUUUGAUAGAUUUCCUGGUGACCAGCUAUGGACGUGACCCAGUUAUUACUCGCUUGCUCAAUAAUACCCGGAUCCAUAUCAUGCCAACCAUGAAUCCUGAUGGAUUUGAAGCUACAAAAGUGCCUGAUUGUUAUUACACACCAGGAAGGUACAAUGGGAAUAGAGAAGAUCUGAACAGAAAUUUUCCCGAUGCCUUUGAGGACAACAGGGCCAGCAUUCAGCCAGAGACUCAAGCAGUAAUGGACUGGAUCAAAAAUGAAACGUUUGUUCUCUCAGCUAACCUGCAUGGGGGUGCCCUGGUUGCCAGUUACACCUUUGAUAAUGGUAACCCAGUUACUGGCUCUUUGAAAGGCUAUAGCAGAUCUCCAGAUGAUGAUGUCUUCAUUCACCUGGCAAAAACCUAUUCUUCCAACCAUGCCAGCAUGUACAAAGGGACAGGCUGUGACAGCAGGCAAACCUUCCCAGAAGGCAUUACCAACGGGUACUCCUGGUACCAGCUGGAAGGUGGAAUGCAAGAUUACAACUAUGUCUGGGGACAGUGUUUUGAAAUUACACUGGAGCUGUCAUGCUGUAAAUAUCCUCCAGAAGACCAGCUGGGAAAGUUCUGGAGAGACAACAAAGUUGCUCUGAUCGAAUAUAUCAAACAAGUACACCUAGGUGUCAAAGGCCAAGUUACUGGUAAGAAUGGGAAUCCUAUUCCCAACGCCAUCGUGGAAGCCAAAGGAAGGCAACAUGUCUGUCCCUACAGAACAAAUCAACACGGGGAGUACUUCCUUCUCCUUUUGCCUGGGACAUAUGUGAUCAAUGCUACUGUACCAGGAUUUAAAUCCAUGCUGAAGACAGUGGAAAUACCUGACAACACUGCAAACUUCAGUGCUGUGAAACAGGAUUUCUCUUUCCCAGAGGUCUCAGAUAAGAUCAGCUCAAAAGUUACUUCGUGUCCCAAAACUCCCCUCUACCAAGAGCUCUCACGGGCUUCGGCUGCAGUAAAACCAACUGUACAUCUCUUGGUUUUAAUGACCGUUGUGCUUGCAAUUUUCAAAUAAAGUCAGGAAUGACAAAGGCAAAGGCAAAAUCUUCCUGCACAAAUGUGGCUUUUCAGAGAAGGAAUUGUAUAUGCAAAAGAAAGUAUGUUUUUAUAAACCAGAUUCUCAGAUUCACAAUCGUGUUUACUGUAUUUUGUAAAAUACUGGUUUGACAAUUGAAUGUUUUACUUUACUUAUAGUAGACAUAUUUUUAAUUGUAACAGACUGUCAUAUUUUUCUAUGUAAAUAUUUUACUCUGAAGAAAUUUCCUACACUCUAUGCUGAUAACUGUAGAAUUUUGAUGCAGAAAAUACAAAUACAUUUUGAAGAUUUUUCCCAAAUUCCAAAACAUUGUGAAUUGUACUGCAAUGUUUCAUGCAAGCUCAGGUACCACACGACUGUAAGUCAUCAGCUCAAUACUAAUUUCUCAUAAUAAAGCCACUGCUAUAAAUGAAGAA